AUGACACGCAAACAAAAGACAACGAACAAACUAUUGACCACGACUCCACUUCCCUCAUCCGACCAGAAAAUAGCCAGAGUAUUAAGCAGUCGCGGAAAAAAUCUUUUUGAGAUUACCGCCGAAAUUUCGCAAUUUGGUUUGGGAAGCUUUGUUAUAAUAUCACCGUCGAGUCCAGAUCGUGCAUCAAAAAACAAAAUUGGUGGUGAAAUAGUGCAUGUGUUGUUACCGGAACAUAUCAAACAGUUGAAAUUGGAAAAUAUAUGGCCUAAAAAAUUUGACAGUAUUGAUACACAAGCAUUAACUGAUAAUAAUAAUAACAUAUUGGAGGAGGAGGAUGAUAAUGAUGAUUUAUUCGUAAAUACGAAUCGAAUAGCCGGAACUGAUGAUGAUAGUAGCGAAAGUGGUGAUGAUGAUGAUUCAUCCGAAAGUGAAGAAGAAGAUCAUGACAAUGGGAUAAAAAAAUAA